CAAGCACUAUGCCCUCACUCUACUGUUCAGAGAUAGAGAGAGAAAGACACAGACAGAGAAGAGAGAGAGAGAGCAGAGAUAUCGCCUUGCUCUGCCCUGCCCUGCCCUGCUCCUGUCUGUCACUCAAGCACCAGAUUUAAAUCCACGUUCUAGAGAGAGAAACAGAAACCCCUUCAUCACUCACUCCCCCCUUCACCCUCUCACCCUCUCUCUCUCUCUUUCUCUCUCUCUGCAAAGCAUUUUCAGCUCAGAUCUACUCUCUCUCUUUCUCAGCUCAGCAUCCCCACGGCGGUCUGAUCCUUUGGAUGUGAGCUGGGAGCAGGGGGACUACAGUUCGGGACACCGCAUUCACCAGAUCGGCCCAUGGCGGAGUUCCCCGGCGACGGCGGUGGCGGCUUCUCGGAGGCGACCCCGCCGCUAACUGUCUCGGCCUCCUUCAAGGAGGGCAGGAGCUCAUCCCGGCGGAGGGCCUCGGUCCGGCCCAGCUUCGACGCCGACAAUGAGUUCAUCACGCUGCUUCAUGGCUCGGAUCCCGUCAAGGUCGAGCUCAAUCGGCUCGAGAAUGAAGUCAGAGAUAAGGACAGGGAGCUGGGGGAGGCGCAGGCGGAGAUCAAGGCCUUGAAGUUGUCCGAGCGGCUUAAGGAGAAGGCGGUUGAAGAGCACACAGAAGAACUGUCAAGGAUGGAAGAAAAGCUCAAGUUGACAGAGAAGCUUCUGGAAAGCAAAAAUCUUGAAAUAAAAAAAAUCAAUGAUGAGAAGAAGGCCUCGAUGGCAGCUCAAUUUGCUGCUGAAGCCACUCUUCGAAGGGUUCAUGCUGCACAGAAGGAUGAUGACAUGCCUCCAAUUGAAGCCAUUCUCGCUCCGCUAGAGGCUGAACUCAAGCUUGCAAAGCAGGAGAUUGCUAAGCUUCAAGAUGAUAAUAAAGCGUUAGAUCGACUAACAAAAUCCAAGGAAGCAGCUCUACUAGAGGCUGAGAGGACUGUUCAGGUUGCAUUAGCCAAGGCGUCUAUGGUAGAUGAUCUCCAAAAUAAGAAUCAAGAAUUGAUGAAGCAGAUUGAGAUUUGCCAGGAAGAAAACAAAAUCUUGGAUAAGUUGCACAGGCAGAAAGUUGCUGAGGUUGAGAAGCUCACGCAGACAGUACGAGAACUUGAAGAGGCUGUUCUUGCUGGUGGUGCUGCUGCAAAUGCUGUGCGGGAUUAUCAGCGGAAAGUUCAAGAAAUGAAUGAGGAAAGAAAGACACUUGAUAGAGAGUUGGCUCGAGCAAAGGUCACUGCAAAUAGAGUGGCUACUGUUGUGGCAAAUGAAUGGAAAGAUUCUAAUGACAAAGUAAUGCCUGUGAAACAGUGGCUUGAGGAGCGAAGAUUCUUGCAGGGAGAAAUGCAGCAGUUUAGAGACAAACUCGCUAUAGCUGAGAGAGCUGCGAGAUCUGAAGCUAUGUUAAAGGAAAGAUAUCACAUGAGGCUCAAGGUAAUAGAAGAGACUGUUAGAGGAAAUUCAGGCAGCAAUAACCGCAACACAUUGGAAAGAAGCAUGAGCAAUGGCCCUUCUCGUCGUCAGUCCCUAGGUGGAGCUGAUAACAUCUCUAGACUUACAGCUAGUGGACUUUUAUCCAGGAAAACAUCUGCAUCUCAGUCAAAAUCUUUCUCCUCUGGAACUAGUACAGUGUUAAAACAUGCUAAAGGAACAUCGAGAUCAUUUGAUGGGGGCACAAGGUCUCUAGACAGGGGUAAGAUUCUUCCAAAUGGAACUGGCUCAAACUAUUCCCCUAACCAAUCCUGUGAUGCAACCAAGGAGCAGGAGGAUAGUAACUUCUCAAAAGGAAAUUCUGAUGAUAAACCAAAUGAAUUCACUCCAACGGAAACUGAAGAUACUGUUCCUGGGGUUUUAUAUGAUAUACUACAAAAAGAAGUUGUUGCUUUAAGGAAAGCUGGCCAUGAAAAGGAUCAGAGUCUUAAAGACAAGGAUGAUGCAAUCGAGAUGCUUGCUAAAAAAGUAGAUACUCUAACUAAGGCGAUGGAAGUCGAAGCUAAGAAGAUGAGAAGAGAAGUAGCUGCAAUGGAGAAGGAGGUUGCAGCAAUGCGUGUGGAGAAGGAACAUGAUAGUAGAUCCAAACGAUUUAGUAGCUCAAAAACUUCUAUCAGCAAUUCUCAGCUGCUAAGUGGAAGAAAUGUUGCUCGAGCUGGGUUAACACGGAGCACCCAAUGACCAGAAACCCUCAAUUGCAUACUAGAGCUCUUGAAGGAUCAGAUCUUGCAUAGGCCAUGGUUGUGAGUCCCCGAGAAUCUUGUCCUCUCUUUUGUGUUGAAAUGACUCAACCUAUCCCACGGUUGCUUAUAAACAAGAUUUGUAAUCUUAAAAAAUGGCCUUCUUAAUGCCGUUGUCUUCAUAGAGUUGCUGGGGAAGUCAGUUAAAACAGAACAAAACAAAGAUAUCAGUAAAUGUGGUCCUUCUUCUGCCUUAGGCUUGUUAAAUUCUGAUCCGCCACCUGCUUAGAGAUCAAGGAGGAAAAGCGAAAGAAGAAGGCACUGACGUCGGGCUAACCAUUUUCUUCUUUCUUUUUUACUGUAUCAGCUUUCCGAGUGGGACAGUGGUUGCGUUGUUGUAUAGCUAGUAGCUUAUUGGGUUUUCAUUUGGCUGGGGGUCUUUCUCUUCUUGAUCUAAGUUUCUCACUUUUGGGCAGUUUGUAUGUGUAAUUUCUGCAGCCACUGUGAUAUCGUGGGGUCCUUACGAUUUUUAUUUGUCAAUAUUCAUGUAAUCAGAUCAGAUGAUGAUGCUUCUUAACAGUUUGUGGUGUUUAUUUUCUAUCUAUAGCUCUCAUGGGUGUCUUACUAGUC